GAUCCUCACUUUCCUAAGUGGCAAUCCUCGAUAUGCGUAUAUUGACUCACGUACUGAUCAUUCCCGGACUUCGGGAGGUACUGUCAAGCAAGCAAAUUCCCAAUUCACCUGCGAAAUAUCGAUCAGCCCGGCCCUACGGGGAUCACGAUGUAGUUAUACAUCAAUUACAAGCUCCCGACCCUGGUCGUUACGUGCGCCCUGGACCUAAACCGCAGGUCAAACUGGCCUAUUUCUCUCUUGCCUGAAUGUGCUUCUGUAUAUAACAUGACAAAAAGUCCUACUUCAUUCCUCACCAUCUGUUAGGUCCUACCGCCGACAGAAUGUCGUAUAGCCUCCCAAACCGUGCAUCAAUCCAACCGACUUCCCGCCUUCAAGCUCAGUUGGCUACUCUCGAAGUUGAUGGCAUGGCCAUCGUCGGUACCAGCAAUGGGCACAUAUAUCAUUUCCGGGCUUUCAUUUACAAUAGCGCGCUGGGUUGCAGUGUCAGCUUCGACUGUAAUCCUACCUAUGAGCCCAAUGAUCUGGAUAAAGCUCGCGUUACCAUCGACUUCAAGACUUACGCCUGGACCAAAUCCCAAAAUGCCCCUCCUGGUCACAUUCCUCCAUCCACCGGCGCCUUCGACGUCAAAUUUAAGGUCCCAACGAAGGUGUCGAAUAUCUGUAACGUCUUAUUCAACUCUCUCAAGAGAGACCAAUACCGAUUCAAUGGCGGAAUGGGAUGCAGGCACUGGUGUGCUACCCUCCUAGGCGAUCUGGAGGCUUAUGGACAUUUUUCGUCUGGUACCACCGCGCAAUUUGAGACAUGGGAGCGAGCUAAGUGCAGAGAACUUGGUAUUGCUGCUUUCAUCCUGCCUCGCGUUCAAGGAGUUUUCUAUAAUUGACUUUCUACCUACUAAAUCUUGUCAAGUCUCGGUAUCUUACAGAAUGUAUACA